CUCAAGUCCGCAGUUGCUCAUCACCAACAGCAUUCCGCUCCAUGUCGACCGCACCUGCCGCCGCCGCCGUCGCAGACACGCCACGAACCAAGUUCUUCCUUCGAGGACGAGACGGUGUCGAAACUUUCUACGGCUUGCCGUCCGUGACCCCAGAGGGCGGCGAAACUCUGUCCAUUACGGCAUUGCACACGCUGGAAACAGCGGAUGCACUGCAUCUCAGCCCGGAUGGGUCCAAAAUCGCGCUAAUUGCCCAAGACUCUGGCUUUGUCAUUCGUUCCACCGACUCGUCGGACGUGAUCGUCCAAGUGGUCAACCCUGGCAUUCAAGCUGCUGCGUGGUCGCCGCUCGCAACACAAUUUGUCACUUGGCAACGGCCAGCAAAGGACGCCGCACCCACAGACGGAAACCUGAUUGUGUGGGACGCUGCCACGGGCUCAAUCAUUGCUAGAUUCAACCAAAAGACGUACUCUCGCGAGCAAUGGCCUUCUCUGCAAUGGAGCUCGGACGAGUUGAUCGCUGCCCGCCAGAGCAACAAUGGGGUGCAAGUGUUCAAUGGGCGCGCCAUUGGGGCUGGAUCAAUCGGGAAUAUCGCGCUCGAGAACACGGCUAGCUUUAGCGUCGCACCAGGCGGUCUUCCGUACAAAAUAGCUCUGUUUGUGCCAGAGAAGAAAGGAAAGCCGGCCAGCGUCCGCAUUUUCCCUUUCCCACCGAAUGCAACACAGUCGCACGUGGCGUUCAAGAGCUUUUACAAAGCGCAAGAAGUCAAGAUGAAGUGGUCGCCGAACGGCAGUGCGUUAAUCAUUGAAACGAGCACCGACGUCGACACGUCCGGCAAGUCGUACUACGGCGAAACCAACCUCUUCUUUGUUCAAAGCGAUGGCCAGUACGACUGUAGCAUCCCGUUGACGAAAGAAGGAACUGUUCACGACGUGCAAUGGGACCCGACGUCGAAAGGAUUCGUUGUGAUUGCGGGGUCGAUGCCGAGUAAUGCGACGCUAUACGACAACAAGGCGUGUCCGGUGUUUGAGUUUGGGUCGGCGUGGCGCAACGUGAUCAGCUGGAGUCCCCAUGGCCGCUUCCUGUGUUUGGCGGGUUUUGGAAACUUGCCUGGGAACAUGGACUUUUGGGAUCGCAACAAGCUAAAAAAACUCGGUUCGACGAAAGCGGAGUGUGCCACAACCCACGGCUGGUCUCCAGAUAGCCGCUACUUCUACACGGCCACGACCUUCCCCCGCGUGCGCGUCGACAACGGAUUCAAGCUAUUCAAGUACGACGGCACCGGUCCAGUUGUGUCGGAGAGCCGCACCGAGGUGUACGACCUGCAGUUUCGACCUGCUGCCGCCGGCGUGUACCCCAACCGCCCUGCUAGCCCCCGUGCGAAGUCUUCGGAAGCGGAAGCUGCCGCUGCACCUCCCGCCCCCGUUCGCAAAGCCUACCGCCCACCGCAUUCCACGGGCGCGUUGGCCGACAUGCUUCGACGUGAAGACGGCGCUGGAGCGCGCAAACUCGAUCGCAACAAGUACGCGCCGGCCAACUCGGCUGCCGCGGCCACCAAAGUGAUCCCUGGAUUGGAGGCGCCAGCUGUUAAGAAGCCUAGCAAGAGCGAGAAGAAGAAGAAGGCGAUUGAAGCAGCGGAGGCGAAAGCCGAACUUGAGCGCGUGACACAGGAGCUCCUGGCCAAGACGAUGGCCGAUGUGCCAGUGGUGUUGACGCCUGAAGAAAAGCUGAAAAAGGCCAAAGCCAUCCAGAAGAAACUCAAACAGAUCGCGGACAUCAAGGCAAAGCAAACACAUGGUGACGCACUCAACGAAGACCAGCUCGCCAAGGUGGCCAACGAAACCGCACUGCUCGACGAGUUGGCAGCGCUUGCGUAAGCGUGUGCUGGCCAGCAAUACAUCAACCACCGUUUAGCUUCAUUUCGCGUAACUUGCCGCAAAUUUGCAUUGGCAUUGUGCUGCUGGACAUUUCAAAUGUGUGAAAAUUGCAAGUCUCGUCGAAUCAACCAAUCAACGUGUAGAUUAUCCG